CCCAUGGUUGCUAAGGCAUGUACCGGACCGACUCAAGACGCGAGACAUGUGUAACAAAGUUGUUGAAAAAGAUCACUGGGCACUCAUACAUGUCCCCGACCGGUUCUAGACGCAGGAAAUGUGUAAUGGGGCCGUUGAAAAGAAUCCACGCAUGCUCCAAUAUAUAUCGGAUCGUUUCAAAACGCAGGACAUGUGCAACAAAGCCAUUGAAAAGGAUCCUGAGACUAAAAAUAAUGAAUGAUACCACAAUCCCAAAAAUCAGUUGCUUACACGAGGAGUUAAAAAAUAAAUUAGUUGCAGCUGAAGCAGUUAAGAAAAAUCAGGACAUAUAUGUAAGAAAAAGCCUUCAGCAGUGUGAAACCGAGACCAAUGAGAAGGUUCAACAAAGUUUACAUGAAUUACACAAAAGUAUAGAUAGAGUAACAAAGCUUUACAGAAGCAAUUCCGUACUACCUAAAGGUGAAGAGGUUUUUUUCUUUUACCAGCAACCAACUGAUGAGUUCUUUUUAAAAGAAGAAACAUUUACAAAUGCUUUAACAGAGUACACAAGAAAACAAUUUUUCGAGGGUAUUGCUGACUUUGCUGGGGCUCGAGAUCAAUCCCGCUAUGAAAUACUAGAUGUCAGUAAGCCUGAAAGUCUGCUUAUAAAAGGAGAAAGCGAAGAAAUACGACUUCAGGACCAUCAAGAACUUCAAAGGCUUCAAUUGCUAUAUAUAAAAGCUUCAGAAAAAAGAUUAAAUGUAGAAAUUUCAUACGAAAGUAUGAAACAUGCUGCUGAAAUUGCAGAGAAACAGUUGCAUCAACUGCAGUCAAACAUUAUGGUUGAGAUUUCAGAUGAUUAUCUUGAGAAUAAAGCAUUAAAGCUGUCUGAAGAAACUGUACGAAGUAAAAAGAAGUUAGUACAAACAUAUGAGCAUGAAUUAUUUCCUUUACUGAAUGAAUUGCAGCAGCUCCAAUCCACGAAAGUUUUGAAAGGAAAUUAUGAUUUAAAAAUUGCAAGACAGGAUUAUUUCCUAUCUAAACAGAAUGAAGUUAUCAACCAGCUUCUGCUGCAAUUUUCACGCAACUACCUCUUGACAAUGUUGUAUGAAAUUGAAUUAAAAGAACAUCGUAAUUCCUAUCAUCUUAUUGCAUCGUCUAAAUCUAUUAUCGAAAACGAAAUUGAAUUUAUACAGAAAAGAAUCAAAAAUUUAUCCGAUCCUAUACUGGCUGUGGCUAAUGAAAAUAAAGAGACAAUUACUUCCAAAGAUCACUUUGUAAAUAAGUUAUAUGACUCCAUAGAUGCUGAAGAUCGAGAAGAGUUGUAUAAAACCUAUGAUGCUAUGCUCAAUGAAGCUGCAAAACUCUCUUCAAGUCAAGACGCUGUUAAAACUAAAUAUGCACAAAUGCAGGAGGAACAAACAAUGAUUCUUGACUCUCUGGAAACAUGUUUAAAAGACACAUCGAAACUACUUAGUGGAAAGAAAUCAUUCUCAAAUGAACAUCUGUCUGAAAUAAUACAAAAUCUAGAGGAAAAUUUAUCUAUGGCAGAAGUGCAGGUCAAUGAUACAAUUAAAGACAUUGUUGGAAAACGAAAGAUUCUAUCAAGCAAUUCAUUCAAAGUUUUAGAGCGAACUCUGUUUCCUGCUUUUUUCAAUGAUCCAACACGAUUAAAGAGAAUAUUACAAGAAAUGCAAUCACGUGUUAAUGCAUAUGCUUCAAGUUCAUAGCAAUUCAAAAGGAAGAAAUGAAUUUACUUUCAAAUUGUUUUUGAAUUUCUGCGUAAUUAUUUCUUUAUUUUUUAGGAUUUGGUAUGAUUACAUUGGAUUUUUAUACCAAAAAUUGUUUUGCUAAAUAUACAUUAUUUCCAGAGCAGUAUUUUAAAAAAAAAAUAAGUUUGUAGAAACUUUUUUUUUUCGUAGUUUUUAAGAUAAUAAAAAAUACAUUAAUUAUAUAUGUCAGCAAUGUUAUUUAUGCUAGUGAGUAUUGUACAUAUAAAAAUGUUUAACCACAGACUAAAUUGUGUGAUUUCUAAUGUUUUCCAUACGCAAUCUAUUUAAAUUAACUUUUAUCAUGUUUUCUUCAUUUAAAUUUAAGGAAUUUUUACCUGGUUGAUCAUGUACUGUGCAACAUGUUUCUUUUCAUUCAAAAAUAAUUACUGCAAAUAAUUUACUGUAAAUUUGGUAUGCUUGUCUGUGUAUAACAAUUCUUGAGGCAAAUGUUCAUUUUAAAUAAAGGUAUUUCCCGUAUUUUCUUCAAUAAACGGCCUGGGCUUUUAUAAAAUUUUAUAAGAUUUUUAGGGGGCCUUUAUUAGAGAGGGGCGUUAAUAAGAGGGGAUUUGUAAAUCUUGUUAAGAGUUGAAGCAUUAAGAAAUAGAAAUCUAUUUAGUGUUUUCGAUUUGUGUUAAUUAAAAGAAAAGAAACAAGAAUUAAUAAUAACAAUAAAUUAAUUUUUAAUAAACGCCCCUCCUUCCAUCGCACUAGGGGAGGGACCAUUUAUUAGGCAGGGAAGUUUAUAUCACAUUUUCACUUUUGAGAGGACGUUUAUUGAGGUAAAUACGUUCACUAGAAAAUUGUAUGGCCCACCAUGGUUAUGUUGGUAUAUAAUUAAAACUUAGUUCAUUUGGUUGUCUUUGUACUAUUUCUUAUUAAUUGUACUAGAGCAGGGUGUUACCUAGCACAAUUGCAGAAUGGUAAA